GGGCCUUUCUCCUGGAGUGCUACCUAUUUGUUACUUAGGGGUCCCUCUGCACACAAAAAAGAUCUCUCUUGCUCAGUGUGCUCCCCUGAUCCAGUCAAUUAAAGCUAAGCUGCCUUCUUGGACGGUAAAAAAGCUAACCUAUGCUGGAAGAUUGCAAUUGGUGACCUCUGUCAUAAAUGGUAUCAUAAACUUCUGGACCAUCUCUUUCAUCAUCCCGAAGACUGUAAUUCGAGAAAUCGAUUCCCUGUGCUCAAAAUUCCUCUGGAAUGGAGAUAUUACAGCCAAUGCUUCUGCUAAUGUUGCUUGGGAAAUCUAUUGUCUUGCUAAGGAUAAAGGGAGCUUAUUACUGAGAAACUUGGAUGCUUGGAACACGGCUUGUGCAUUUAAAAUGAUUUGGUUGCUUUUCUUCUCCAAUCAAUCAAUAUGGUCAUCAUGGUUUAGAGCUGAAAUCCUUGACGGGAAUAUUCAAAUGUUCUGGGUGAUCAACACAAGUCAGAAACACUCCUGGCUAGUGAACAAUCUACUUGAUGCUAGGGAAAUCAUCUACCCUUGGAUUAGGCAACGUGUUCAAAACAGUGAAACUACUUACUUUUGGUCUACCAAAUGGUCUCCCUAUGGAAAGCUAUCUGACUACCUUCAAACCGUCGGUGCAAUGCGUCUUCCAGUAACCAAAAAUGCUACUAUUGCUGAACAAUGUGAGAAUGGAGCAUGGGUCGUUCCAAAUGCACGCUCAGACAGACAACUAAAGGUCAUCUCUUAUCUCACUACUUUGUCCCUAACUGACUACGGUGAUGAACCUGAAUGGUGGCCUGGGGAUCAAAAGCAGCCGAGGUUCCAAACGGGUAAGAUCUAUGAUCUGCUUCGCCCCUCUACCCCUACGGUUUCAUGGCAUCGCGAGGUAUGGUUCUCGGGAGGUAUCCCAAAGCAUAUGUUCUUAGUGUGGUUGAUGGUGAAAAACAGGUGCCCCACCAGAGAUAGGAUACUGAGUUGGGGACUGCAAACAGACCCUAGAUGUCUGUACAAUAAUGUUUCGGAUGAGUCCAUCGCCCACUGCUUCUUUGAAUGCAACUUCACUUGGGAUAUUUGGAAAACCGUUGUUUUAAAGUGCUGCUUCAACUCUUCCAGGCAGUGGCAAACCAUCUUACACCAGCUUCAACAACACUCCACAAACAAGGUGCACAAGACUCUGCUUCUUCUAUGCUGGCAAGCGACUCUUUACACACUGUGGACAUAGAGGAACAACCGUCUACACAACGCUCAAUACUCAUCUUCUGAUGGUUUGGUAAGACAGAUAAAGCAAACUAUAAAAAACAGAGCUUCCAGCCUAAGGAUUGACAAACCGAAGUUCUCUUCCUCACUUCUCCAAUUGUGGUUUUCAACCUUCUCAACCUGAUUCUACAUCUUCUUCUCACUAAUUCUGAUUCAAGUUUGUAUUUUCUAGAUAUGUAUGGUCAUUUGGCUUGUGGGCUAAUACAGUAAAACAUUUUAUUUCUCAUGCAAUUUCAAUAGAAUAUUUUUUUACAAAAAAAAAAACAGUUGGCAAUAAAAUAAUAGUAGACAAAAAAAAAAAGAAUCGAAACGAAAGCAAAUUAAAAUGAAGAUAACCUUAUCUAAAGAAUCAGACUUCCAAGCUCAGAAACUGCCACGUAAGACACAUAUCUCCCACUCCUCAUAUGACCCCAUAUCUUAUGUUUCUUCUCAUAGACCAAACUCACAUUGCCAAACAAACUCGAAAAGAAAGAAGAGGAGAGAAAAAGAGAUGGCUUCUACCUCCGCCGUGUCAUUGUUCAUGCCACUCACCCAAAACCGAUCGCCGUCGUCGACAAAAACUGUAGCCUUACGCAAGCCACUAUUGCCUUUGAAGCCAUCUAAGGCGUCAUCCUCCUCCUUAGCCAUGCCUUCACGGAGGUUUCAAGUGAAUGCAUCUAACCUGAAGAUGGAGAAGGCUGUGAGCGGCUUAGCAGCAGCAGCUCUCACCGUUUCAAUGGUGAUCCCUGAGGUGGCUGAAGCCGCAGGCUCAGGAAUCUCUCCCUCUCUCAAGAACUUCUUGCUUAGCAUUGCCUCGGGAGGAGUGGUGCUCACGGUCAUUAUCGGUGUGGUUGUUGGUGUCUCCAACUUUGAUCCUGUUAAGAGAGGCUAAGGACGAGAGAUAUCUGUCUGUCAUUAUAGUAUGGUAAUAAUUUGUCAAUUCAUGUAAUAAUGAACUCUUGCAUUCUUCUUUUUCAAAAAAAAAAAAAAACUCUUGCAUU